AUGCAAAUCAAUUUGAUUUUCACGAGAGACUCAGCUGAAUCUCUCGUUUAUGAUAUUCUACAACUGAACAUCAACGUAACUAGACCAGAGAUAAUCGGCGUUGUUCCACAAUACGGACAAUCAAAUACAGUGGAAAUGGUAUUCGUUGAAAUGGACCAAAUUGGCUGUUAUAAUCUCGCCAGUCACAUCCGUUCCUAUUCGAACGAUCAAUAUGAGAUAAUCGCUCAACUGUAG